GUGGUUCCUACACUGCGGCGUGUGUCUGUUGCAGGCGCAAACCCGACGCUUCACAUCGCAGGAAGCAUCUGAUCCAUCCAUCCCACCAUCCCACGCCGGCGCAUGUUGUUCCCCUCGCUGUUCCCCUCUCGUUCCUCCAAUCUGCAUCGCGUUCAGUGGCAGUCCCCCCUCCUCCUCUUCCUUCCCUCCCCGCCCCGCCUGUUCUGCCUGCUUUCUCCUCUGCAUCGCCGGCCUUCCUUGUCCUUGCCGGCUUCUUUGAACGCCCACGACGCGAGGAUUGGACCACCGGGGUUGCGCUGCCUGUCGACGAGACGCCGAAAGAGAAACAAAACGAAAAGUGAGACAUCGCAAAAAGAGACCAACAAAGACGAAUACCACGACAACGAGUUAUCGGUAUAUCCUCCGGCACGUUUCUUAGACGACUUCUUUCGCAGUCGCAGGCUCAGGAUCUUGGUCAACUCCCAUCAACGCUUUAAAGCCCAGCGCCCGGCACUUCAAUCUCGCCAUCGCAAGCCCAAGACAUCCCGUUUGCGAACAGAACAACAACAAGAAGAAAAAGAACAAUUCCGUCACAAAAAGCUUCUCGAACUCGUUGGCAACAAGCUCCUCAGUCUCAACAUCAACAUACCCGUCAAGAUGCCGGCGCCAAAGAGGAAGAUGGAACCCGAGACCAAAUACUACGCCGUGCGCGCUGGUGUCAAGCCCGGCGUUUACACCAGCUGGACCCUUUGCCAGCAGCAGAUCACUGGCUUCAAGGGUGCCCAGUUCAAGUCCUUCACGAGCUACGAGGAGGCUUCCGCAUUCGCCGCUGGUCGGCCCGUCGCCUCUGCCACCUCGAGUACAUCACCUACCAAGUUCUACGGCGUCGCAGUUGGUCGCACGCCCGGCGUCUACACAGACUGGUCCAUUGCCCAGCAGGAAGUGGUGGGCUGGAAGAACCCCAAAUACAAAAAGUUCGAGACCCGCGCCGAGGCCGAGGAAUUCGUGCGUCAAUGGAGUGGCAAGCCCUCCUCCAAAGCCGCCAAGGUACCACAGGUGGACGAGACUGAUGACCUGGAAGUCAUUGCCAUCGAAGCGCCGGCGAAGAGCUCUAGGAAAGCUAGGAAAACCGGUGCUACGCAGACUGCUCACGAGGCGCAGGAAGCCCUUGAUGCUAGCAAGCCCGUCAUCAUCUACACGGACGGCAGCGCCAGAGGCAACGGCAAGGUCGGCGCCAUGGCGGGGGUGGGUGUCUACUUCUGCGGUGGUUUCAGGGAAAACAUCUCCGAGAGACUCCAAGGGCCCGUCCAAACAAACCAACGCGCCGAGUUGACCGCCGUCCUCCGAGCACUGGAAUCCAUUCCGGACACCCAGAAUUGCGAGCUCCGAACCGACAGUCAGUAUACCAUUAAUUGUGUGACGUCGUGGUACAAAAACUGGAUGAAGAACGGCUGGAGGAACUCCAAGGGAGAGGAUGUCUCCAACCAGGAUUUGAUUGUGGCCAUCCGCAAAAAGAUCGACGCUCGCGAUGGGAGGGCCGCCGAGACCAAGUUCGUCUGGGUUAAGGGGCACGGGACGGACGAAGGCAACAUCGCUGCGGAUAUGCUGGCAGUCCAGGGCGCGGCAAAGAUGUUCUGAUGAUACCCAUUUCUUAUUUUCGCUUCUUGUUUUGUUUGCAGUUGAUGGCGCCAUGGUAGGCAGGAAUCCUGGUCUCGUUAGCAAGGCCAUGGUAUACAUACUGAAGCCAUGGUUCUCUCGGAUGGGUGGUUGACGGCAUAUGUACAGCUUAUCGUAUUUCAUGAUCUGGGAUGUGUUAAUAUGGUGUUAUGGUACUGGCCGGGGGUAGUCAAUAACUUUCCAAUUGACUCUGCUCAGGACACCACCGGUUCUCUUUCGUCCACCAUGUCGGAACGUGAUGCGCAUGGGACAAGGCACGCGACCGCAGAGGGCAACAAGGUUGUCGCGUCCAGUUUUAAGACGACAAAUCAUCUUUCUUGAUCAACUAAUUAACGGGUGAUUCUGUAGGUCCGUGACCCCAGCCGGAC